AUGGCGGUCCAGCGUAAGGUUAUAGACAAGGGCCUUUUGAAGAACGUUAUUCGACACACUGAUGCUCACAAUAAGGUAAGGAUAUAAUAUCCUGAUGUGAAUUAGAUAAGGUGAAAGUUUUAUUCAAAAAUUCUGAUAAAAAGUAAGACAACUGCGUUUGUUGUCAAGUUAAGUUAUCGUCGUUAACGAGAUCUUGUGUGUUGUUUGGAAACUCCACAAGUUUUUAUCUGGUCCUGGUGUUGCAAGUUCACCAUCUCUUUCUUUUUUUUCAGUUAUUGGUUAAGAUUAUAUUCUUGCCAUAAUGAUAUUAGUCGAGGGAAAAAUACUGGUUUGUGCGCCGUAUAAGCAUUAAGUUCAUUUUACGUAUGUCGUUCAAUCCAGUUUCACUGUUGAUCUUUCCCUUUUUGUGUUAUAAAUUCGUAACUAUUUGGUUAUUUUUUCAUUACUAAGAUUCAAGAGGAAAGUGAAAUGUGGAAGCAGUAUGAGCUGAUGAACAGUAAAAUUAAGGGGAGCAAUGCUCCAUUGUCAAAUGACUCUAAACGGUAUGAACUAAACACAAGCUUGUAUAAUGUAAUCACAUGCCAUAUUGUGUGCACAUCCCUUUAACUCCCGAGAGUGGCUAGGAAAUAAUUUCUCCUCACAAUAUCUAUACAAUAUCAAGCAGACAAGUGAUGAGAUUUAAAAAUAUAAAUUAGAUGAUUAUAAUUAGAUCUGAUACCAAAUAACCCAAACUUACAUUCUAAGAAUUAUAUAGAGCAAACACCAUAAACAAUUACUAAUAAGAUCUUGGUUGUGGAAGAGAUGUGCAAGCACAUUUUAUGCUAGAUUGAUUACCAAACUAUUAAAAACAUAAUGGAAUGAGCCUAAAUCUGGAUAGAGAGUAACCUUUACUUCUUAUUUUUAUUUUAUUUUAUGAAACUCCAGUGAAAAUGGAAGGUUUGGUAUUUAAGGAUCCUCUUUGUCCUUACCUUUUUUUAAGUCAGUUCGUCAUUUCCUUACUUCCUUCACUGCUACUACUUCUAUUCUACUGUUACCAUUUUAAGGUUGUUUUAUUUUUUUAUGGAAUGCCUAGGGGAGCCAGAGUUUGAUUUUUUAUCAUUAUUCUGCCCCAAGGUACAAAGGGCAGAUGAGAUGUGAUGAUGACGACACUACAUUACCACCCAGAAGUAGUUAUUGGACACAACAACUCUUUGAUUUUGAAGCAAAUGAUUCUCAAAGGUUUGUUUGGUUGAAGUUCAUCAGGUCAAUAUUAAAAUUAACUUACUACCAUUUACACAUGUGAACCUCUGUUAACCUUUUGCACGCAAACAUCAGCAAGCAUAUUCUUCAUACUACUCUUCAUACAUAUCCUAUGAUGCUGACAAGGAGAAUUUGUCUAAUAAUCAAGAGCUUCUUUAGUCAGUGAUCAUUUCCUUUAUUCAUGUGACCUUAUUGUUGAUACAGGGGGAUACUGUAAAAAGAAAUUAGAUAGUUUUACUCCUUGUGUCUAAAUUCUUUCUUGUAGAUGCUUCGUACAUUUUGUUUUGUUGAUGUUAAAUCAAGAUAAAAUCUUCCAGAUGAUAAAUUUGUCUAGUCAUUUUGGUAAUGAAAUGGAUGAAUUAUUGAAAAUGUAGAACACAUUUUUGUGUAAAUCACUUCUAAAAGAUGAAAUAUUAACAUAAAGGUGUAUGAUUUUGUUUUAUUCUGUAACUAAGCUGUUAUAUUUUAUUACCAGAUGGGGUCAUGAGGGUUACAAAGAACUCUAUCCAGAGGAGUUUGAGAAUGGAGAUAAUAAGAAAAAAGCUCAAAAUUUUGAUGAGAAGAAAAGGAAAAAACAUAAGUAUGUGAAUAUAGUUUGUUUUCUUACUGAGAGAAUAACUCAUUUGAUCUAGUAGGAAAACUCAAUUUAAGUGAGCAUUUGAGAGAGAGAGAGAGAGAAGACUUUAUUUAUUGAGGAUAGCACGUGAUAGUGCACAAACACUAAUAAACUUGUGGUCCUCCUAAUUACAAUAAAUAUAUAAAUACAAUAGAAUCAUUAAUAGAAUGAAAUAUAAAUAGAAAAUUAGCUAAAACAAGUAAGAAUAUAUAAAACUACUAUCAAUAAAAUUUACGGAUUAAAAUGAGCUAAGCAUGAUUGGUCCUUAUAGUAAUAUUUAAAUACGUUGUCUUUAAAGGCCUUAAGUGUAUUAGACUUUUUUAAUUCAGGCUUUAACUGAUUCCAUAAUUUUAUGGCAGAAACUAGAAAAGUUUUCCCUCCUUCUCUAGCCCUUAAACUUAGGUAAUAAAAAGUUGUAUUUACAAAAUCUAGUGUUGCGUGAAUGUACUGAACUUAAUAAUCUUAAGCUAUCAUUAAGAUAAUUAGGUACACAAUAAUUAAUCCUUUUAAAUAGUAUUGAACAUUUAGCCAUCUUAGUAGAGUCAUAAAAUGGUAUCCACUUUAAACGAUUGAAUAGCAUAACUGAUGAACUACGUGGUUCAGCAUCUAAUAAAACCCUAGCAGCUCUCUUUUGUAGCCUAAGUAUUCUUAAAAGAGAUUCAUUAGAGCAAAGUGACUGCCAUGCAACAUUGGCAUAAUCAAAUAAUGGCUUAAUUAAACUAUUAUAAAAUAAAAGUCUUUGGUUAAAUGGUAAACAAAGUUUGAUCUUAUUCAAAAUUCCAAUUCUUUGUGAAAUUUUUUUACACAGUCUGUCAACAUAAGUGUUCAUUGAUAAAUCGUGGUCAAUGUCUAUACCAAGAAGUUUAGCUGAGGGUACUUGUUCCAAUGAUACACCAUUCAUAGUUUUAAGAGAUAAAUUAUAACCAUCUGGUAGUUUCUUCCCAAGGCGUUUGCCUGUGACCAGUAGUGUUUUAGUCUUUUUUUCAUUUAAGAUUAUUGUAUGAAAAAAAUUACAAUUAUUUGCUCACAGAUAGGGGCUUAAUGGUUAUAAAGAACUUUAUACGGAGGAUGUUAACAAAGAACCCUUUAGUGAGAAAAAUAAAAUAUCUACAAAAAGGAGGAGGAAAAAGGAAAAAAAGGUACUGCAAGGGGCCUAAGUUUUAUGAAAUUCUCUGCUUUUUUUGAACUUAUUCAAUGUAAUGUCAAAAAUGCCUAUAUCCCUAUGGAUAUAUAGUUCUUCUAAAGUUGCAUUAUAUACUGAAUCCAGCGGUGAAAAGUGAGUUUGCGCAGUGGCAAAGAGGGCAAAGGUUGGGACAGAGGCUGGAGUUAGAUCUUCAUCAUGAUCCCAUUGCUGAAAGAAAACUUUUUGAAUUGCAGAGUUGACUCAAAGAGCAAAAAACACAAGAAGAGAAAGAGAGAAAAGAAAGAAAGUGACUUGGAUUCAGAUGUAUCAAAUAAAGAAAGCGAGAAUAGUGAUGAACUGCAAAGAAAACGGCAAAGGACUAGUAAGGCUAGAAGCAAUGAACAUAGUUUGAGAAGAAAACAGCAAAAAGAUCGUAAAAAGAAGAGAAAAAGGCCAUCAGAUGAAGAAAAUUCCGGGAAAAGUUUAAGUGAAGAGAUGAGAGAACAGAAUAAAAAGGUGCAUCACAAGCACAGGUCAAAAACUCGAAGAAAAGGGAAACUUGAAAAAGACAGAUAUUAUAAAAGUAACACUGAAAGUGACUCUCAUGACUCGAGAUCACACAGACGGGAAAAAUAUGAACGAAAUAAACACAAAGAGAAAAGAGUAGAAGAAAAACGUGGAAAAAAGAAUGAUGGAUCAGUUUGACUGGAUUGAGGGAAAAACGCGGUGCAAGAAGUGAGUUAGAAAAACAAAACGAGUAAAGAUUGCGUGACAUAGUUGCGUGACCAAUCAACGACAAUCGUUUCCAGAAAAAGUAUCAGCCGCGUAAUGUGUGAUUGUUUUGUGAGAGGGAAAAUGUAUCUUCCGACCGAUUUUUUUUAAAAUCGAAUAUACACGUACUGUUUUUCAAGAAACGUGUCUUUGCAUACUAAAUAAAAACUUUUUCGGUUUCAGUCCUGUUCGACUGUCAAGUUUUGUUUUGUGUUUUUACAGUACUUCCGUAUCAUGUUGUCACGUUUUUUCGUAUCUUCAACUCCGGUAGCAAGGCAUGAAUGAAAACUACUGUACGUGGUAUAAACUUCCUUGAGUGUUCGGACUUGUGUAUAUGUUGUCACGUUUGUGCAGUGCUCCCGGGGUAAAUAUUAUUUUUGUUUUGAUGACAUAAAGAAGACAAUAAAACAAAGAAAAGCUCUCUGCCUUGGGAAGCCAAUCUAUAAGCAAAUUUAUU